AUGACGAACCGAGUAUUCAGAACCUAUCUAGAUAGCUUUGUAAUCGUAUUCUUUGAUGAUAUAUUGAUCUACUCUAAAAGUGAAAGAGAGCAUAGGCAGCAUCCCUGUUUGGCUUUGGAAAGGCUAAGAGAACACAAGUUGUACGCCAAGUUUAGUAAGUGUGAAUUUCGGCUUAAGGAGGUGAGAUUUUUAGGGCAUGUGAUCUCUAGUGAAGGAGUGUCAGUAGAUCCUAAUAAGGUGGAAAUUGUGGUAGAUUGGAAACGUUUGACUAGUGUGCAUGAGAAAAGGAGCUUUCUAGGUCUAGCUGGAUAUUAUCGGCAUUUCAUUCAAGGGUUUUCUAAGUUAUCAGGAUCCCUUACUGCCCUGACUAGGAAGAACGUUAAGUACGUUUGGUCGAAAGAAUGUGAGCGUAGUUUUGUGGAGCUAAAGGAAAUGCUCACAACCGCACCAGUACUGGCUUUACCUAAACCCCAUAGGCCUUACAUUGUAUUUAGCGAUGUGUCUAAGUUAGGACUCUGA